AUGUCAUUAGAAGAUGAUGAAAUCCUUAUUGAUGAACUCGGCACAAUAGCCAAAAACUCAAUGGAGAACGUGAUUACCCAAGACCUUUAUUUUCAGCCUGAGCGCGUAAACUCUUGGUGCCAGCAAAUUAUGGAUCAGUGCUUAAAAGAAUUCAAUAAGAUGAACAAGCCUUUUAAGUAUAUAGUUACAUGCUUGAUAAUGCAAAGAACUGGCGCAGGCUUCCAGUCAGGCUCUACUUGUUUUUGGGACACCAAGACUGAUGGGCUUAUUUCAGUUACUGGGGAGUUCCCAAAUCUUAAUUGUUUAGUCACAAUUUAUGCCGUACAUGUUUAA